AUCAUUUGCUUGUUGCUGGGAGGGGCCUCUCGGUCCAUUGGUUGAGCAGAAGAGAUCAUUAGUUAGGGGAUUGAGUUUACAGGCACUGGGGGGGGAAAGUACAGUUCACAUGCUGCACAGCACACCCGGUUUUCAGGGCGAGAUUUUUAAAAAGGAGUGUUGUCUACAGACAGUAUUUGAGUGAACGGUAUAAGGUGAAAGAUUGGUGAAGAGGGAGGACUGACUGACUAAAUAUUCUGUUGCUCUGUUCUGAAUAACAGUUUCUUCUUGGAGAGUGGAGUUAGAGAGUGUAGGCAGGAAUUCUUGGAAACGUGGUGCUGUGCAGCUCUGGAAAUUUGGAUCCCCCUUUACCCUCCAAAUUCCAUCUCUCUAUUGCUCUCUCUCUCUCUUUCUCCUUCUCUUCCUCUCCCUGUCAGCUGUCCCGCUCAAUCCCCCUCUCCUGACGUCCUGCCUGACACCCGCUCUGCUCGACAUGGAGAACUCCACGGCUGUGGCCUUUAACGCGACCCCGGAUCAAGCGAAACCAGAAGCCAUGACACAACUCAUGCCAACCAAUUACGAUGUGGACGAUGGAUACUUGGAUGCCAUACUAGGCGCUGUCAUUGCUGCUGUGGUCCUGGUGUUGGUGUGCCUGGCGGUUGUAGUAAUUCGCUAUAUGUACCGGCACAAGGGCACCUACCACACCAACGAGGCCAAGGGCACUGAGUUUGCCGAAACAGCGGAUGCGGCGCUCCGGGGCGACCCGGCUCUGCAGGAUGCCAUGGACGAGAGCAAGAAGGAGUACUUUAUCUGAGCAGUGGCGUCCCCUGCUGUUUACAGUGGACUUUAGGCUAUGGACCCUAGGUAUUUUGGGGUUGGAGAAUAGAAAGUCUGGAGACUGGAUGAAAAUGACCUUGCUAUACUUAAGUGAAUAGUGCCCUUUCAGUUAAAGAUUAUAUGCUUCUAUAGCUAAAGGCCUCUUUUCCUGAUGAGACUGGCUAAAGGUCUCUUUUCCUGAUGAGACUGGCUAAAGGUCUCUUUUCCUGAUGAGACUGGCUAAAGGUCUCUUUUCCUGAUGAGACUGGCACUUGAUGAGACUCUGAUCAGUGACUGAAUAACAAUUUACCAAAGAUGCAUCUUAAUAACAAUAAUAUUAAUUCAGUAUUCUUCCCCCCCUACCAGUUUUCCUCUUUAAUAUAUUUGGCAUAUCACCUAACAGAUAGAUACAAAACAUUGACUUUGCUAUUAGGAGGCUAUAUUUGAAGAGUUGAUUUCCAAAAUGUUAUAUCCACCAAUUUUUCACAUUUGUGUUUUUUCAUCAGAAAUGAUUGCUUAUACAUGUGUGUGUAAAAUAUUACUGUUCUCAGAUUUUUUAUUCAUUGAUUUUAGAUGUGUAUAAAAAUGUGUUUCUUUUUGCUAAAUGCUACAUAUCAAUUGUUUAGCUACAAUGGAAUGUUCAUAUCCUGUUUAUUUGACUGUGAUAUGUGGUUGUGUCAGCUAGCUAUCUUAAGGUUAAUGCACUUACUGUAAGUUGCUCUGCAUAAGAGACUCUGCUAAAUUACUUAAAUGUCAAAUGUAAACAUAUGGAAUUGUUUUAAGAUGUCAUACCAUGGAUCAUUUAUCUAUUGGAUUUUCAUUUUUAGGAUCCCUGUAGGUAUCCCCCCAAAAAUAUGUUAAAAAAAUAUAUGAUACAGUAUUGAAUUUGAUCUUUACGACUACAGCCCAUGGAGACUCAUUAAAUAACAUCAUCAUCAA